AUGGUUUAUGAUUCAAUACCUAUCUUUUACUUGCAAAUUGAGAUAACUUCGAAAUUUGUUCUCUUGCUUCUUCUUGGUGUUCUUAUUUGCACCGCCAAUGCAAGAAAGCUUGUUGGCACAGAAGGUUCUUUCAACGAUGAAAAAAAUUCUUCUUUAAUCACUGGGAUUUUAGGAGGUAAAGGGCUUGGUGGAGGUUGUGGUGGAGGGAUCGGUGGAGGUGGAGGUGGAGGAACGGUAGGAGGUUCUGGUUCUGAAGGAGGAUUGGGUGGUGGUGGUGAAGGAUCCGAGGGUGGCUUUGGAGAAGGAUUGGGUGGUUGGUUUGGAAGUGGUUCUCAAGGAGGUGGUGGAGGAUUUGGAGGAGGUGGAGGAACAAGGGGCUGUUCUAGCUCCAAAGGAGAGUUUGGUGGUGGGUUUGGAAAUGGUGUACAAGGAGGAGGACGUUUUGGUGGCGGAGGUAGGUUGGAUGAAGGAUCUGGUAGUGGAUUUGAUAGAGGAGCUGGUGGUGGAAUAGGAGGUGGUGACAUCUUAUGA